AUGGCAACACUGAAACCACCCACGGCGCCUUUGGCAACUUCAACGUCACCGAAGCGCAAACGAGACCAUCUAUCGUUGGACAGCGGAUCCCACACACCACGCUUGCAGCAUCAGACAUCGAAAUUCUCAUUUGAGCUCCCUGCUCAAGAUUGCGAGGAUGGAAGCAGCAGCCCACGCUCAAAGGUAGCCCGCAAGUUCCAGGGGCUUGCCCUGGGCGUUGUCGCAACUGAUAGCGGGGCAGGGACUUUCGCGUCUUCGUCAAAACCUUUCGACGCGGAUAGCACAUCAGGCGCCGCGAAACGCUCUGCUAAUGAUAGCUUAGGCAGCAGCGAAGACAUGCAUUAUGUGUCGGUCAAGGGACAGGCCGACGAUGGGUCGUCCAUACGCAAGCGAUUGAAGCUUCCAGACCCUACAGAAACCUCGCCGCGCAACAAUGACGCCGCGCAGGCUGGCGCUUCGCUAAUUCACAUGUCUAGCGUAUUCACCCCAAUUCUAGACAAAUCCCCGGAAAAUCAACCGAAUAGUCCUGCCGGGGAUUCAAGCGCCACGGAUCCCACGAGAAUUGUAGGGGCAGCUGGUGGCAAGGCACCCCAAAGUAAAGCCGGCAGUGGCAUUUCAGUGUUUAAGGGGCGUGAUCAACGAGCUGGCCCACCCUCUGUCGCUGCCAAAACCAGCGGCGAUGGGACUGCCACGGAGGACUCGGACAUGGACGUGGUGGACCCUGUGCGCGCGGCCUUGACAUGGCAUGAGGAUGAGAUUACGGUCUACGACCCAAACGAUGAGGAUGACGAUGGCGUCGGUAUUAACGGGAUCGGUUUUCGGCCCACGCCUGCCAUCGCCCAUGCGAGAUCCAUGAAGAGGCGCCAGCAGCUUGCCGAGUAUAAGAAACGAGAAGAGCGCGAGGCACGAGCUAGGAGGAACUUACGUAGGAGGACAAGUCCCAAAUCGAGCAGCGAGGCAGCCAAGGUUUCGGAUUGCGAUGCGAAGCGUUCGCAUUCCUCGGAGCCACCGGCGAGGAGGGUCCGUUUUACGGAAUUUGAGCCCACCGUCGUAAUUACCACUUGA